GUAAUUUAAUUCCGACUUCACAGCCUGUAACUACCUCGUGGACCGCAAACUGUCGCGACUGCGCGCGAGAACAAAGAGCUUGUAAGGCUGUCCAGCUAGCCUUUAUGUCUACUGUAGAUAGGCCUCUGGUGCUCCACAUAAGCGCUUUGAGCCCCGAUGAGUACGGUCUAUUUACAUCUGUUUUGCGUGAACUUGCUGGCCCUGGGCAAGACGACGAUUCUUGGGAUCGCCCUGUAGACGUUAUGGAGGCUCGAGGGUGGAUAAGGGGUCGUUAUGGACUUGACGCUGCUCUUGUAGACAAGAUACUGAGAUAUUUCCCGAUUACUCCUGAAAUGUCGGACACGCUCUCCGCCGGUCAAUUCUUUGCUGUGAUGCGACUGGUGGCACACGCACAAUCAGGAAGAGACCCCGCCAAGACCCUUGUCUUUGUGCAAGCGAGCGUACCCCCUCCACUUGAGGGACACUCCUCAGGCGCCCCAAGGAAACAUAGUUUCAAUGCGCAAAAAUUCUCACCAUCAAAACCCACCCACACCCCAGCCCAACCCCCUCCCGUCAGGUCGAGAGGCCCAUCGGAUGCCACCAUUCACCCUAAUGAAGGGAAACCCCCAAAUCAGCCUAAGAAUGGGAAUCCUUUCAGGCGAUCGGCUUCGGUUGCCUCCGCACCCUCCGCCUCAACAAUCAUACCUCCUACUCCCGAUGAACCACUACCGGCACCACCCAUGCAUCCGCUUUCGCGGUUAUCAGCUGCAGCCAUCGAGACGAUGAGUGUAUCGCGGUCAGACCCAUCUGAAGCUAAUCAUGCCACCCAAUUUGGACAACGGCACACAGUGGGUACUAAAGCAUCCGCGUCAUCACCUUACAAUAUCCCUCCCAUCCCACCUCUUCCUCCUCGCAAGCCGCCAAACCUUCCUCCACGUACUUCUGGUGACUCGUUAUUUGUCGUGAGCCCUUCACUUCCGCCUCGUCCACCCAAAGUAUCCCCGAAGCCCCAAAAUCUCGCUGCGCCGCCUAUCGCAACUUCACAGCUUAUGAAGGAGUCGUUAAAAGCGGCGAAAGGCGGCCAGAUACAGAAAGCUAACGAAGCACUGUUGGGGAAAACACUAAAUUUGGAAGUUAUUGGAAGGAGCAGUGCGAAAGAGUCUGCAGGCAGCAUUUCACCCUUUGCUUCCGCCUUGGCUUCAUCCUCGUCUUCGUCAACGAAUGUUCCAUUCAAAGGGGUUUUGCGGAGGAGUCCUUCACCUCCAGCGAAGAGGAGAACGGUGCCUACGCCACCUGAAUCUGUGACCUCAUUUGAGAACAUUGCAGUCGCACGCGUGUCAAAUGCACGAUCCCCGCCGAAUGGGCUUGAAAUCAAGAAUGGGGCUACAUCCUCGAAAUCAAGCUCUCCGCAUUCAAGCUUGUCUGUAUCGCCGAGUCGCCGCGUUCAUCUAUUGCCUCCUCUGUAUCAGUAUUCUUCUGCCGACCCAGAUCCCACGAAUGAACCAAGCACAGACGUGGACGUCCCCAUUUCCCAUACGAAUAAAAUGUCACCAACGUUGGUGGGACGUUCCAAAUCAUUACAUGGCACUCCAUCACCCAAAACUCCUCUUCCGCCUCCUCCUCGCCGCCGUCCAGAGAGUGUGCAAGUACUGGGCGUGGGAACAAGUCCGUUCUCUGCCGCUCCGUCAAAUAUAGCCUCUCCCGUGCCGACAUCAAUCACUCGACGUGCAUCGCUUCAAUCACACUCUCCAUCCUCACGAGCACCCAUUUCGCAGUCACCUCCUUUACCUCCAUCCCAACCAGCUGAUGCCUUCCAAAGCUUGUACGAGAGUGUCAGAAAGAAGACAGAUCCGAUACAGCACUCUAUUACUGAUGGAUUCGAUAUCGUGCGAAAGAAAGCGGAGAGUAAGCUAGUUCCUGGAGGGUUUAUGCGUCGAGGAGCGGGAACGGAAGGUAGGGGAUUAUUUGAUGACCCGGAGAGUGAUGCGCAGGAAAGUAGCGCAGAUGAGCGAACCAGGAGUCUGAGCGUAGAUAGUUUAAGUAUUGACCAGCCCAGCAUGGACGAUGACGAAUGGGGGGAGCGGGGGAGUGGUAGGGAGCAGAAUGCUACGGCUAAUGGUUGGAGGAGAUUAUAGGGUUCAUCUUGGAUUGGGCAUGGACGGCUGUACCUAUGAUCGCUCCUGGAUCUGUAUUUUUUUUACCUCUAUUCUCACAUUUUUCGGACCUUUGCAUCAUAAUGGCCCCCCUUUGCUACAUCAUGACAGCUGUAUUAGAAAUGUAGCCUAGCGAUGUUCUCGCUCAGUCCGCUAU